AACACGAAGACAGACAAACAGAAUUUGCCGAGAAGGAAAUGGUCCCUUUGUUACUUAUCGCCGUUCUCGGUUUGGUGAAUGGUGCUUCGUACUCGGAUAUUCUCUCUGAGCUGAACGGUCUUUAUGACCUUGACCCCGGUUACUACGACGACAACUUGGUAAGCAGGAGUUCCCCUGGAGACUGGGGUCUUUCCUACAGGGAUGCUACACUUAACGACCCCGAGCUACUAGGAGAGGCUGCCCUGAGGGAUCAGGAGUAUUUGGAACAGAGCCCUCUAUGGGGAUACCAGUCAAUGUCAGGUGGAACUGGAGGUGGCAAAGAAAAUCCAAAGGAAGUGAAGACCGACAAGGUCCUGCCAGCAUACUGCAAUCCCCCUAACCCUUGCCCCAUUGGUUAUACAGCUGACGAUAACUGUGUGGAGACGUUUGCUAAUACCCCCGAGAACAACAGGAACUUGAUGAAGGAACAGGACUGCCCAUGCGACUCCGAACAUAUGCUGAGCUGUCCUAACGACAAGGGUCGUAUCAACACACAGGCACAGAGCACAGACGAUAUCAGCAACAUGCUGCAAGGCAUCGACCUCACCAACUCUGUGGACGACAACCCCUACUUUGGAUCCACAGAGGACAGGAUUUCCCGAGUCGCUAAGAAGAGUCCACACAUGAUUAAGAAAAGGACUCCAGAGGAAUUCACGGGUGCCGCCCGAUUCGAAGGACCCGCCAGGCUGGCCAAGAAAAGUACCGGAGACUACCAGAAACAGCAGAUAUUUCAGGACCUCCUGGAGGAAUACUAG